CAGCAGAGCCCUGCGAUGGAGGCCCGGAGGCGGGAGCCGUCGGGAACACGGCCGCCCGCCUCGCUCUGAACUACCCGGGCCGCCCCCUGCACCGCAGGCGCCCGCAGACCCAGGCGCCCGUGCCCCGGACUCGGCCGGGCAGCCCUGCAGCCGAGGGCAGCGCUGCAGCCGAGGCCUGCCGCCCCAGGGAGCCGCCCCUGGCCGCACGAGAUCUCCCGCCAUGGCUGUGGGGCUCUUCCGGGUGUGCCUGGUAGUGGUGACAGCCAUCAUCAACCACCCGCUGCUGUUCCCACGGGAGAACGCCACCGUCCCCGAGAAUGAGGAAGAGAUCAUCCGCAAGAUGCAGGCGCACCAGGAGAAGCUGCAGCUGGAACAGUUGCGCCUGGAGGAAGAGGUGGCGCGGCUGGCAGCUGAGAAAGAAGCUGCAGAGCAGGUGGUAGACGAAGGACAGCAGCAGAAUGACACCCGUGCGGCCUGGGACCUCUGGAGCACCCUCUGCAUGAUCCUCUUUCUGCUCAUCGAGGUGUGGCGGCAGGACCACCAGGAUGGGUCCUCCCUUGAGUACCCGGGUGGCGAUGAAGAUGAGCUGCCCAGCCUCGGGGGCACCCCCUUACAGGGCCUCACCCUGCCCAACAAGGCCACCCUCAGCCACUUCUAUGAACGCUGCAUUCGGGGGUCCACAGCGGAUGCCGCCCGCACCCGUGAGUUUGUGGAAGGCUUCGUGGAUGACCUGCUGGAAGCCCUACGGAGCAUCUGUAACAGGGACAGUGACAUGGAGGUAGAAGACUUCAUCGGUGUGGAUAGCAUGUACGAGAACUGGCAGGUAGACCGGCCGCUGCUAUGCCACCUCUUUGUGCCAUUCACGCCCCCUGAGCCCUACCGCUUCCACCCAGAGCUCUGGUGCUCCAGCCGCCCGGUACCCCUGGACCGCCAGGGCUAUGCCCAGAUCAAAGUGGUCCGGGCUGAUGGGGAUGCCCAGGGCUGCAUCUGUGGCAAGACCAAACUCGGAGAGGAUAUGCUAUGUCUCCUGCAUGGUAAGAACAAGACAGCAGUGCAGUCUGAAGAUGGUGGCCUGGAAGACCUCCUUUGCGCUGCAGAGUCCCCGUUUCUGGACAGCAUGCAGGUCAUGAAAUGGUUCCAGACGGCCCUCACUAAAGCCUGGCACCGUAUUGCCCACAAGUAUGAGUUCGACCUAGCAUUUGGCCAGUUGGAAACUCCUGGAUCCCUGAAGAUCAAGUUCCGCUCCGGGAAGUUCAUGCCCUUUCAGCUGAUGCCUGUGAUCCAGUGUGAUGACUCAGACCUGUACUUCAUCUCCCACCUUUCCUCUGGGGAGGUCGCAGCCUCCAGCACUGACUGGCUCCUGUCCUUUGCUGUCUACGAACGCCACUUCCUGAGGAUGAUGCUGAAGGCCUUACCCGAGGGUGCCUGCCACCUGAGCUGCCUGCAGAUUGCAUGCUUCUUGCUGUCCAAGCAGAACCGCCUGACUGGCCCCAGUGGGCUCAGCAGCUACCACCUAAAGACGGCCCUGCUACACCUGCUGCUGUCCCGGCGGGCAGCUGACUGGCAGGCCUCACAGCUGGAUGUGCGUCUGCAUGAACUGCUACGCUUCCUGGAGAAGAGCCUGCUUGAGAAGAAGCUCCCUCACUUUUUCCUUGGCAACCGCAAGGUGCCCGAGGCCAUGGGACUCCCGGAGGCCGUGCACAGGGCCGAGCCUCUCAACCUCUUCCGGCCCUUCGUCCUGCAGCGGAGUCUCUACCGGAAGACUGUGGAUUCCUUCUAUGAGAUGCUCAAGAAUGCCCCGGCGCUCAUUGCUGAGUAUUCCCUACAUGUCCCCUCAGACCAUGCCAUCCUGCCCCCAAAAGCUGUCAUCUUGUAGGACCAGGAUGAGGGCCAUCCCACGGCCACACCUGUGGCACCUGCAAGCCUUGUCCUGGAAACAUGGCAGGCUAGGUUGGAGCUGAGGUUCAGUCUGCCAGGAAGCCAGGUCCUACCGUAUAGAUGAAACAGAAUAGCAACUGGAAGCUGGUUACUCUCAUGCCUUCAGGACCUGCUGGCCAAGCCAUCCAGGUUCAGGGACUAAUUGUGUGCAGUGUACUUUAGGCUCACCAUGGACGGUCAAGAUGAAUGACAGGGUACUCUGGACCUUGAGUUGGAAUGAGUACAAGUGAUGAUUCAGGUGCAAUUUGUUCUGCAUCUCUUGUCGGCAGAGGAUCUACAAGUGAACUGUGGGAACUCAGGCUCAGACCUGGCACCCCUAUUGUCUGAAACGCUUGGCCCAGCCAUCCACACCACUCCACUAGCAGACACAGAAGUGGAAAUUGCCAACCACUGAUCCUCAUCCUGCAUAGAAGUUGGGGUCUCCUGGUAGUUGUCACUUGUUUUAUACUAUUUGGAGAAAAGACCCAGUGACCCACGAAUGUGUCUACAGAAAUGAGUCCUAGGUACCAGAGGAGCUUAACAUUGGCUACCUUGUCAGCUACAAGGGUGCCCCCUUUCCACACGCAUUGUGUCCUGAGUCCCACUGGGUGACCUUAACAUGUUGAGUACCUGCUCAACAGCACCUCACCUCUCUUUUGUGGCCAGUGCUCAUCUCCAUGAUCACCCGUGGAGGAGGUGGGCAGUGCUGAAGGUGGAGGGUAGUCCAGAGAAAGGCUCAAGGAGACAGAGCCUGGUACCACAGUGUGGAGGUCCACUUGCGAUCUGACAAAGUCAGAUGGUCAGAGCCCAGGGUGAGGGAUGUUGUAGCCUUGGUUGUCCUUGGGGUCCCAACCGUAGGGCAUGACUUGCUUGGCAGCAAGAGCUCCAGUGUGCAGGACUGUCAGCCAGCCCAUCCUCUGUCCAUGGGCCUUGCUGGCCAUAGAGAUGACCAGAUGCAAAGGGCCUGGCAGGGCAGAUUCAGAUUCACAUAGCUGCCAACAUAGCCCCUAGAUCUCAGGGUCUCAGUAACACCCACAGGGGACCAAAGCAGAGGACAUGAGAAUGGGGAGCUCAGCUGUACCCUCUCUCUUCUGCCAGUGUAUGUCCUGGCACACACUGCCUUCCAGAUAACAUCACCCCAAGUGGCCAGGGCUACCUAGACCAUUUCUCACACAUCCUGAGAAAGCUCAAGAAGCUGGACUAUGAGCGUGCCAGGGUUCACUCCCAGCAGGAGCCUCGGUUGUGACAAGGGCCACAGAGCCUGCAAGAAACCUCCCUGUGAGAUCUGCACAGGUACUGGGUCUGCCUGUCUGGAGUCACGGCUGCCAGUUGGGCACCCCUAGCAGUGCACCCACUCAAGUGUGUCUCUACCAGGACUCAUUCACAGAACUAGAACUGUUUUCCUUAUUUAUUAUCACUUGUGCCUUGCCCCUCUCCAUCCGUAUCCUGUUGUGUUUUGAAGAGGCCCUGGCCACCGAGGACCGGCCACCAGGCGUUGAGCCUGAGCCCAGCUCUUUGGCCUUCCCUUUGCUGUCGGCAGAGAGCUGGCUGUGCACAGUCCCUUCUAGUUUCUUGUUUAUGCAGAGACUACAGGACUCAGCGGGAACCGGGCAUCUUUUACGCACUGCUUCUGAAACAGACAGCAGUGGGGCUUGGAGUGUUUCAUGCUGCCUUAUUUAUACAGAAGGGAGAAUUAAAUUCUUGUGAGAAGUAGAAACGGUCACGGUGUUUGUUUUUUGCCUACAGGAAGUCUGGGACCUCCUGGGGUAGAGUCAGGACAGAAUGUAUUGCCUAAUGACUGGCAACAGCUUUCACUCUUUUAUUUCUACACUUGCAGUAAACUUGUUCACCAAACAGAA